AUGGCUCUAGAAGGUUCUGACGGCGUGGAGAAAGUCGAGCCAAUCCUGGAUUUGAAGAAGUCCAACAAAUAUUACCCUGAAAGGUUUCCAAUUUAAACGAAAGUUCAAAUUUGUUUAUUUUCAUGUUCCGUCGGGAGCUCUCCAAUCCGGCUCUCCGAAUGAGAAGAUGAGUCAUUAUUGCUAUCUGAAAGAAAUACAUUUCAAAAUUAUAGAUCCAUCGGGGGUGAAGCAGAGUGGAUUGGAUGAUGAAUGGCAGGAGAGAAUCGAUUUCCGUGAGGCGAUGAAGCGAAGUCAAAGACACUCAAACAAGUUGAAUAUUCCUUCGUUGUCAAUAUUUUGAGAGGUCUAUUAUUUGUUAUUAGGAGCUUAGUUCAAAACGAGAGAUUAUAUGACAAAAAUGCAUUUUUUCGAAUUUUUCCAAACUCGAAAAAUUAUUCAAGAAUUUUUUGCGCCGCACGGAUAAGUCAAUGGUCAUUGAAUUUCAAAAGGUAAUCUCUUGAAUUUUUGGGAAAAAAUUUCAAGUUCGAUGUGUCCUUGGUGCGCAGAAGUUCAGUCUUCCUUUUUCGACUCGCUCAAAAUUGACAUUUUUUGUUACUGUUUGAGUCCAGCAACCUUGUCAUAUACUCUCGAAGGCCCAUUCUGGAACUGUGUUAUAUUUUUUUAAUAUUAAAAACUAAUCUUUUAAUUAAGGCAUCGAAGAUUGAUAGGGCGGUGCGGUCACGCUGCUCUGGUCGUCUUCGAGAUUUCGUCUUUUCGAUUUUAAUAAAGUGUUUCUUGAAUCUUCCGAAGUUAACAAGGGAUGAUGACCGCAGCGCGACCGCGUCGUAGGGCGUGAUGACUUUUAGGAAUCAGUAGAAUAAAGUGUUCUUUAAGGGGAAAGGCGCGUUGAUUAGUAAUAGUUCUUGGAGCCCUAAAUUUUUCGUUUAGUAAGAACUUCUCAAACUGGCUGAGAUAAAUGACGUGCUAGAAGAUUCGGAAGUCCAUGGAUGAAAGGAGUAGAAAUAUAGUGCAAAGCGUGCUUCAGGUCUUGUUUUUCUGAGAUUCCCAAGCUUACAUUUCAUUCAAAAAGGGUGAGCUUCUUCUUGACUUCGGUCAGAAAGAAGAAAGGGGGCUUUCAGCCGGCUCUUUGGCACGGGGAUAUUCGUGUCGAGCAUGACCUCGGUCACUCUUUCCGGAGGGGAGAUCUCAGCCGCUCGGAACCUCUGAGUGGCACUUCGGUCCAACCAAGGAGACUGGUGCACUGUCCCACUCCUCCGUGCUCCUGUUCCCAGUCAGUCUCUCUGACUUCGAUUUCAACUGCUUGGAAUCUCGGAAGAACUGGACUUUCACGUUACUUUGCACGAUAUUUGAUGGACACUUUUGUAUAUCGAUUGGUCUAGUAAAUCCUUCAGGAGCCAAAAUCUAGCCUUGGCGCACCAAUGCACAUCGAUGAGUGUAGUAAAUUCUCCGGUCGAAGCCGAAACCUUCUUUCAUCCGUGAUCUUUCAAGUACCAUUUUCUUGUAUUCUUUCUUUCCUAGAUUUUCUUUUCUUCUCUCAUCUCCAAAAGAGCUUUUCUCACUUCGGUCAGAAAAAGAAGGCUUCAACCUUCACGGAAGAGAGUUCUCGGCCACUUGGACUCCAAGUGGCAACUUUGGUUUAACCAAGGAGACUGGCGAUUUUCCCACUCUUCCGUGCUCCAAGUACACUAGCUUGACUUGUCAGGCUUCGAACUUCUUGGAGAUGAUCAGAAGAGAAAGACUUGUACAUCAAAUCUCAUCCACUUUGGAGAAGACUUCAUUGUAUGACUUGUGUGUGAACAGAACACAUUGUAAUUAAGAAGACUUUAUUGAGGGGCAUAGAAAAGAGGUCAUGACUGACAAGGUGAAGAUGAAGAUUAGAAAAACGCAAUCUGAAAAAAACAUUCUUAACUGUAAAUUCAUCAUGAUCUGCGAAUUGAAUUUGUAUACUUAUUGCUGUUUGAAUAAAGAGAUUACACUGUUACAUUGCACAAGAAGUGAUGAAUUUGAAUUGAAAGAUUGCUGUAUUUAAACUUGCAAUUCUAAAUACUUGCAGUUUGAAAAGAAAGAAAGAAAUUCAGUAUUGUUAUUGCGGUUCUAAUUGAAAAAAAAGGCUGCUUUAAUAUUGCAAUUAUGAAAAACUUUCAAUUUUAAUAGAAAAAUGCUGUUUUAAUAUUGCAAAUUUAAAAGAAAAAAUGCUGUUUUAAUAUAGCCAUUUCAAAAACUUGCAAUUUGAAAAAAAGAAAAAAACUUUAUUAACAUUGCAAUUCAAAUAGAAGUAAAUGCUUUAUUAAUAAUGCAGUUUCAAUAGAAAAAAAAUGCUGUUUCAAUAAAUAACAUUGCAAUUUUAAACUUUGAAUAUAGAAAUGUAAAACGAUUGAGCCCCCUAUUCCCUAUUUUCCAGAAAAUCUGGACUCUCCAAAGGGUCAAAGUGAUGCUUCUGAAGUAUCUUCUGCCGUGCUGUGAUGAGAUCGGCCGGGAGAACCUGACCGGACUCGACUUUUGCAAGUCUUCAUGA